AUGGGCUACGAAGACUCCGUAUACCUCGCGAAGCUUGCUGAGCAAGCGGAGCGCUAUGAGGAGAUGGUCGAGAACAUGAAGACCGUGGCCUCCGCAGAUCAAGAGCUCUCCGUCGAGGAGCGGAAUCUGCUGUCUGUCGCCUACAAGAACGUCAUUGGCGCCCGCCGCGCGUCGUGGCGCAUCGUCACCUCCAUCGAGCAGAAGGAAGAGAGCAAGGGCAACGAGCAGCAGGUCCAUCUUAUCAAGGAGUACCGCCAGAAGAUCGAGGCCGAGCUUGCCAAGAUCUGCGAGGACAUUCUUGAGGUCUUGGAGAAGCACUUGAUUCCUUCUGCGCAGAGCGGCGAGUCCAAGGUCUUCUACCACAAGAUGAUGGGUGACUACCACCGCUACCUCGCCGAGUUCGCCAUCGGCGACAAGCGCAAGCAGUCCGCGGACAAGUCACUCGAAGCCUACCAGGCCGCCACCGAGGUCGCUGCCACGGAUCUUGCACCAACGCACCCUAUCCGUCUCGGUCUCGCCCUCAACUUCUCGGUCUUCUACUACGAGAUCUUGAACAGCCCGGACAAAGCUUGCCAGAUGGCCAAAACUUCCUUCGACGAGGCCAUCGCUGAGCUUGACACCCUCUCCGAGGAGAGCUACAAGGACUCCACGCUCAUCAUGCAAUUGCUCCGUGACAAUUUGACUCUCUGGACUUCUUCUGAGGCGGAGCCAAGCGGUGAGGCGGCUGCUGCCAGCGCUGCACCAGGCGAGCACGAGAGCAAGGACACGUCGGAUGCGCCUACUGGUGAGGAGGCAAAGCCUGCGCAGUAG